AUGGAUCCAUUAGUAAUUAAAUCAUUUAUAGAUAAUCCACAGAGAUGGGAUGCUACUAAUGAAUCCAUUUUGAAAAAACCAUUUCUACAUAUAUCACAGCAAAGGGGUAAAAAGUUUAGGACCAGAUUAAUCGACAUCUUUAACCAAAUAUAUCAACUGCCGGACCAGGUUCUAACCACUCUAUCACAAAUCAUCGAGAUAUUACAUAAUGCUUCGCUUAUGAUCGACGAUAUUGAGGAUAAUUCUCUUUUAAGACGAGGUGUCAAAACAUCGCACCUUGUAUAUGGAAUACCGAUGACGAUAAAUUCCGCAAAUUACAUGUAUUUUGUCGCAAUGAACUUGAUACCAAAAUUGAUUAUCCAGAACAAUAAAAAUGUAAAUACAAAUGUAAACAUGAAUAUAAAUGGUAAAUCAUUAUCUACUAAUCAUAUUCAAAUUCAAUUAUACAGAAUAUUUAAUGAAGAAAUCUGUAAUUUGCAUAGGGGACAAGGCAUGGAUAUCUAUUGGAGAGACGCAAACGUUAUCCCAACAGAAGAGAUGUAUAUGAACAUGGUUAUCAAUAAAACAGGAGGGCUAUUUAGGCUAACAAUACGUCUAAUGGAAACAUUAUUUACUUUUUACACUGGGCAUAAUAUCGAAAAUAGUAUGAUACCAAUCUGUGAGUUGCUCGGAAUUAUAUAUCAAAUUAGAGAUGACUGUCUGAACCUGUCGGAUGAAACAAUGACAAUGAAUAAAGGUUUCGCGGAAGAUAUAACUGAAGGAAAAUUGUCGUUUCCAAUAAUUCAUGGACUUAACUAUGAGAAAAUGAAUAUUUCUGAAAAAAACCGCUUUCUUCAUAACACUAUAAUAUCAAAAACUUCAAAUAUAGAUGUCAAAUUGAAAGUUGUCAAAUUCCUAAAAGAUGAAAGUGAAUCGUUGGAUUACUCUAAAGACACAAUCAAAAACUUAACAAUCAUAUUAAAAAAACAGUUGCAGACUUUUUCAACUAAGUAUUAUGAAAGCAACAUUAGCAAUGACCAAGAUUUUCUUUCUCCGUUGUAUUCAAUUAUAGAUUAUUUAUCAUCAUUUUGA